GGAGCGAAUCAGGGCAUAAUCGACGUUACCUAUUUUCCAGAUUCGCGAAUUGACCUCAGACUAUUUUAUCCUUUCCCGCUACAAAUAUACGACGACGCCAUGAUUGGAUAAAGCCACGCAGCUAACGCAAUAUCCACAGGCCACGUGAUCCCGCUAAUAUUAUUCACGGACAUAAUUGUAAAUUCAGCCAUCGAGUCCAAAUACAGAAGCCUCCAGCAGUAUACUCUACGCUAAGGUUCAGACCCACAAAAAAUAAAAAUAAAAAUAAAAACUCUAUGCUAAGGUGUACUGCACCUCCACCACUCUCACUGAGGAUGCUAUCGUCACCUUCACUGCGCUCCAUAACCCCUAACCCUAGAUUGCACCCCACCUCGUCAAUUUCCGAACCGUCUAAUCGCCAUCCUCAACUGUUCUUUAACCCCGUCAGGAUUUCACUCUGUGAUUCUCACGGCGUCCCUCAAAGCAUGACGCUCUCAAGGUGCUUCUCUGGCCAAACCAGUCCCGUCCCCAUUUCGAGCUCACCAGAAUCGAAUAACUCGGAUUCUCAAAUUCUCGUGGUGGUCUCCUUCUACAAGUUUGCUGAUUUUCCUGACCAUGCUCGUUUGCGGCAACCCUUGAAGCUGCUCUGCGAGGAACUGCGUGUUUCAGGUGGUAUCAUACUUGCACCAGAAGGCAUCAACGGCAGCAUAUGUGGGACCCGAGAAUCAGUGGAGAAAGUUCUUGCGUUCAUUCAAAGCGAUGACCGCCUCAAGGAACUACGAAGAGUGGAAUCACCUGUGAGCCCCGAGGAGGAAGCAAUCCAUCAUGGACACACUAGCUGUUCUCCUCUGGCAGCAGGGGAAGAUGCACCCUUCAGAUGGGAUCAUGUGAGGGUCAAGUUGAAGAAGGAGAUUGUUAGUCUUGGAAUGCCGGCUGUAUCGCCAAUUGAGAAGGUUGGAAAGUAUGUGAGUCCAAGGGAUUGGAAUGCAUUGAUUAGUGAUCCAGAUACAGUAGUUAUUGAUGUGCGCAAUAAUUAUGAAACUAGAAUAGGGAAGUUCAAGGGAGCAGUUGAUCCUCAUACUAGAGCAUUCCGGGAGUUCCCCUCUUGGGUAGAGGAUGAGUUUCAACCUUCGGAACCUGAGAACGGGCAUUCAGAAGUGGAAGUCUAUGGUGCAAAUGGAAGCACCGAAAACCAGCUAGAGAUCUCAAAACCAAAAACACCUCAGCGAGUUGCCAUGUACUGUACUGGGGGCAUUAGAUGCGAGAAAGCUUCAAGUUUUCUCCUUAGCAAAGGUUUCGAAGAGGUUUAUCAUCUAGAAGGUGGAAUUCUGAAGUAUCUUGAGGAAGUUCCAGAGACAGAGAGCCUGUGGGAGGGAGAGUGCUUUGUCUUUGACAAGAGGGUAUCAGUUGAGCAUGGGUUCGCACAGGGAACUCACAAGUUAUGCUAUGGUUGUAAGCAACCAGUCAGUGAUGCUGAUAUGGAGUCUCCUCAGUGGGAAUAUGGAGUUUCUUGUCCGUACUGUUACUCGUCAAAAUCUGAUGAAGAGAAGGAGAGGGCAAGAGCUCGACAAAGACAAUUUGAGACAUGGGGGGUAAUCGGCGGCCCAGACAAGGGGCGUAAACUGGAUAGUGUCAAGCAGAGCAGUACUCAAUUCCCAAAUUCAAUUUAAAUAGGGACUUAGGACAAAAAGAAUGUUUUGAAAAUAUGAGUUCUAGUUCUAUAUCUUCUUGACUGUUUUUGACUAGGGAUACAAUUUAUGGAAAUGUUGAAUGAUAUAAGUCAGGCCUUGAGAACACUUUGUGUUUUGUUUCGGCUCAGGCUUAGCCUGCAUUUGAAGUGUUGCAAUGCAAUUCUCCACAUUUAGCUCUCUGUUUUUAAGUUUGCUUAACGCCUUCAAACAGAAUUUUACAAGGUCAAAUUAAUUCCUAAAAAUUGGGAAAAAAAAAAGAACAAAAAGAAAAUAAAUAAUUUUACCUGAUAAAGGAAAAUAAAGAAAAUGUUAUACAUUUAUAAUAUUUAACAGGCUAGCGAUUAGCAGGGUCCCACGAAAUGAGAAUAAUCCAACGGCAGAUAAUCAAUGAUCAGAAUAGUCGACGGCAGCAGAUGAAUGACUGUUACAGCGAAUGCAGAAUUUAUUAUUUACACACGAAACCCACCAUUGAUUUGACAGAUUGUGCGAACUGAGGAACAAAGAUUCGAGCAUUAAUUGGGUGAUUUUAGGGUUAGGGCUGAGAAUUGAGGAUUGAGGAGUGAGGAGUGUGGACGACUCAAAAAUCAGAGGAGAGUAAUGGCGGGUGAAUUGAGUGCUUUCAGGUUCAUGAAGUCAAGGCAUCGUCCCCAUACCACUGAUCUUCAAGCCGCUGCCGGGUGGGGUAUCGCCGCCGUCACCGGUGCUCUUUGGCUCGUCCAGCCAUUUGAUUGGCUGAGGAAGACCUUUUUGGAGAAGCCGGAGCCUGAAGACAAGUGAAAAUGGAAUUGAACAUUCUGGUAAAACUCUGUUUGAUGAGACUGAUGACCAUAUGGGAAAUGUUGUUUUGAUGAGACUACAAUGGAUAGAGUUUGUGCGAAUAAUAAUCGUCUAGUUUUCGUACUUGAUUUAAUUGUUAAUUACAUGCAAACCCUUUCUUUGCACUAAU